GCCUCCUUCCAAGCCCCACUUUCACUGAGAGUUGGAAUUUGCUGUGCUCACACACACACACACUGUGUGCGUAUCUGCAUGUGGGUAUUUGUGUAAAGACAGAGCCUCGGACAGGCACAGGAAGAGCCACACAGACAGAAUCAGAAUAACAGGGAUUCAUUGACAUCAGAGGCAACACUCUGGCAACAUGUUCUCGAAAAAGAGCACGCUUAAGAUCUCCCAGAGCAGCAAGCCAUCGAAUGAGCUGGCUGUGCUGAUUUCCCAUAUGCAGACUGAUGGCGACCAGGUGGAAAAGGAUAUCCUGGAGGUGGAGGAGAAGCUGCGAGUUGAUAGAAUAAACUACCAGAACAAACGCCCAUUCAAAUACGAGACUGUGAACAAUAAAAAUUUGUGUCGAUCAGAGGAACUCCUUAAGCAUCUUUUCCUGGAUGUCGACAAGGCAAAGAAGCUGAAACAUCCACAGGCUAACAUAAUCGAAACUGAUGUCAAGAAAAUGCAUGAACUCUGGGCUAAACAAUGCACAGCAUUUCGAGACCUCUAUGAGAAGCUGGAAAUCCCCAAAGGAUAUAAUUCCGUGGAAUGGUCUGACAUCUUGGCACAGAAGCAGAGAGAAGUCAAUGAUGGCGGAUUUGGACCCCAGUUGUCGGAACUGGAGAGACAGAUUGCAUGUCACCACAUACUGAGUAAACAGGUUGAAGCCUACAGCCCAGAGAUUAACUGCCAGUCCAUCGGAAACCCGGAGGAGCUCAAGUCUGUCCAGAAGCAGUACAAGAACCUAGUGGAAUCCACUCAGUUGCGAGGCCAUCAACUGGAGAGUCUCUAUGACUACAUGCAGGGCUGCACCAAACAGCUGGUUCUACUGAACGAUCAACAAGAAAAAAUCAUUAAGGAAGACUGGACUGAUAAGAUGAUUGUGCCAGAGGAGGUCCGCAGGCAGUAUGAGAGCUUUAAAGACAAUGGUCUGUUGGAUGAGGAAGCGACCGUUAAUCAGAUUCAGGAUGAUGGGGAGAGACUGAUCAAACUGAAGCACCCUGGCAGUCCGACAAUUGAGGCCCAUAAGGAUGCUGUGAAAAAUGAAUGGCAACAAUUUCUAAAUCUCUGUAUCUGCCAGGAGGCACACCUGAAGAACGUGGAGGACUACAAAAAGUUCCACUAUGAUGCUGACACCCUUGCUCAAUCCAUUAAAAAGCACAAUACCGAUCUGGACAACAAGUUCUCGAGGUACAACAAGGAUAAUACUCGGCUUGUGUCUGACCUGCUUCACCAGCUCGAGAAUGAUGAGAAGAAUAUCAUCCAAAUGGACAAAGAUAUAAAUGAUUUGAAGAGACGGAGCCAGCAGAUUGUACCACUGAAAGCCCGGCGUACCCCAGUCUCCAAACCCCUGCCAGUGGAUGCCCUGUGUGACUGGGAAGAUGGACAGAAUGAGAUCAGCCGAGGUGAAAAGCUGAUGCUUCAGAACAACUCGGACCCUGAGAGCUGGGUGGUGAUGAACAGUGCGAAAGAGACCAAAUGUGCCCCCGGGGUUUGUUUCAACAUCCCUCCACCUGACCCAGAGGCCACAGCCCUUGUAAACAGGUUGGCGAAGGAUUUAGACGAUUUAAAGAGGAAGCGAUCAGACACUGAGAACAAGCUGAGAAACCGUUACAAUGAGUUGAACAAACUGAAACAACCCAAUGAAAACAGCCUGCUGAAUCAGACUGCUGUACCAGGUUACAGCCUUGCCUCAGCCAAGGAUGACCCCCAGAGUAAAGAGCUCCUGUCCAAACUGGACAAGGUCCAUGGAGACCUGGGAGAGGCUGAGAAACAGAUCAUCAACCAACUGCGUGUACCAAUUGACCAAAGUGCUCCCAAUAAGGACAUCACCAAACGCCUAAAGGAUCAUGAGACUAUGAACAAGCGCUUGCAGAAGAUUGGAACAGAGAAGGACUCGGUACAGCGAGAAUGUGAGUCCUUCCUCUCAAAGAAACCUGCGGGUGCCUCCUCAUCACAGCUUCCAACCAAAUUGAACAAUGUGAAGGAUAAGUACAAAGAUGUCAUGUCACUGGCUGACCAAUACCAGAACAAAGCCAAGAGUCAGCUGGAAUUGGAGAACAGUAUUGAGAAGGUCGAUGAUGCCCUCAAGAAAAUUGAAUCCAACCUGGCCGAUGACUUUGCAAUUCCUGCCAGUCCAGAUGCCAUGCAGCAGAGGAAGACUGAGCUGCAGAGAUUGAGACGGGACUUAAACAACGACCAAGGGAAACUGCAGAAGAUGAACCAGGACAUGAAGAGGACUGAGGACAGCUGCAAACCACUGGAGCUCAACUUCCAGGAGUACUGUCCUGACAUCAAGAAACAGCAGGCCGAGGUGCAGAAGCUGAACAAACGCUUUCAGAAUGCAAGCGAUCAGCUCGACCUGAGAGAGGACAUGCUUCAGAAUGCUGACAUGUCAUACCAGCGUUAUAAAACUGCUCAUAAAGAUCUCAAUGCCUGGAUGAAUAAUCUUCCUAACAAUGAGGUGAAGCCUACAGCCAGCCUAAAUGAAGUCAAUGCCAAACUGGAAGCUCAGAAGAAAGUGGUGAACGACAUCAAAAAGAAGGAAUUGGAAAAGGACGCCCUCAUCAAUCUGUCUGAUGACCUCCAGGCAGCCUUGAAGAAUUACGAAACUAACAACGACAAAUAUCGAGCCUCACUGGACCCUGCCACUGGCGCAUCUAAUGUGAAAAAGCUGAGGACCCAGACUCUGCAAGACAGCAUCAAUGAACAGGAGAAGGACGCAGUUAAACGGUUUGCUGAAGUCUCCUCAUGCAAUGACCAACUGCUCAAUCAGCUGGACUUUGUGGCGAAGGUUAAGCAAAAGCAACAAGAAAGUCCAGUGAACGAAGUGAUCUCGCAAACGAACGUGCAGUCACAAAACACGCUGUUCGCUCGGAAAGGCCCUGAACUGGAAAGCCAGGUUAAAGAAGAACAGAAGAAGACCAAGUUAAUGGAAGCUACUCUAGAGGAGCAUAGCAAACGACUUAGUCUUCUAAGGGCACAAAGGCCUGUGGACAGAACAGAAGAGAAAGAGGUAGUGGAGUAUUACAGGGAUCCCAAGGUUGAAGACAACCUUACUGCCUUGCGGAACAAAAUCCAUGAAUUGAGGAGACACAGGCAGGGAACGGAGGGUGACAUCAAGUCAACAAAGGAGAAAAUCAAUCAAUUAGAAGAUGAGGUAAGGAAUGCCAAAACUGGCCAGGUCAUCAAAGAGGUGAAAAAAGUUGAGAGGAACCCUGCACUGGAUGUUGAAGCUGAAAAUCUACGCAGUGAGAUCGACACCCUGAGAAGAGAAAGGCAAAUCACCAUUGGCGACUGGGAUCGACUGACCAGAGAGGUCACCAUCCUUGAGCAGAAACCAGUCAAUGUCAAAGAAAAGCUGGUCACUGUGGAAAAGGUCAAGGUGGAAAAGGACCCGGUCAUGCUGAAGGCUUCGCGAAGUCUCCAAAAUGAGAUUGAAGAUGAGAAUCUGAAACGGCAGUCCUUGAUUGAGAAAAUUCGGCUCAUAAGAACACAAAUCGAGACUCUGGAGAAGAAAUCGGGGAAGACUGACCCCAAGGUCAUGAUCAAGGAGAUCAAGAAGGUGGAAACAGAUCCACAACUGGAGAAAGAUUUGGCCAAACUGCGAAACCUUUACGAGGAUGAAAGUCAGAGUAAUAGUGAACUAGAGAAAGAGCUGAGUGAUCUGCAGAGGAAAUACAGAAUCAUCGCUGACAAGAAACCCAAAGUGGAAAUGAAAGAGAUAGUCCGUGAGAAUUUCUGUGUCCUUCCGGAGACGGAGCAAGAGAUAACAAAGUUAAAGAAGGAAAUUCGAGAAACUGCAAAGAGGAGGGGAGAUGUGGAGAUGGAGAUCACCAUCGCACAGGGAGAUCUGGAAGUCCUCAAGGAUAGGAAACCUCAAAUCCAGUACAAAGACAUCACCCAAGAGAUUGUGAAGCUUCAGAAGAGCCCAGAAAUGCUCAAAGAAAUAGAUCAGCUCAAACGUCAGCUGCCUCAAAUGGAUGAUGACUACAGUGACUUGCAAGGCAAGAUCAAGAGGUUGAAGGCUGAAAGAGAUGAAUGGCGGAAGGAGAAGUCUAAGAUUGAGACCAAGGUGGUGACCAAGGAAGUCACAAAAUAUGAAGACGAUCCGAUUCUGGAGAAGGAGAUGGUUCGUCUCCGGAAUAUCGUUCGUGAAGAAUCAGAGAAACGCCGGAAUUUCGAAUCACUGGUCUUUGACCUGCAGAAUCUGUAUUCACAGCUGGAGAGGCAGAAACCAGAAGAGAAAGUUGUUGUUAAGGAAAUGGUGCGUUUGGAGAAGGAUCCCAAACUCACCGUGGAACACAAUAACCUGGGCAAAACCUUGGAUGAGGAACGCCGACAGAGGCGUGAGCUCGAGAGAGAGGUUCAGCACCUAAAGGCACUAGUGGAGGAAAAAGAGGCAGAGCUGAACCUGGAGGAAGAAAAGGGUGUCCGGCAGAAAGUGGAGAGCGAAGCCACGCACAUCAGGAACAGAAUAGCUGAAUUGGAAUCUAACCCUCCGCCGAUGGAGGAGAAGAUCGUCACUGAAGAAGUCCUUAAAGUGGAAAAGGACCCAUUGUUGGAGAAACUAGCCGGGAGCCUACGUCAGCAGCUGGACCAGGAAAGAAAUAAAGCAGCGAACCUGAACAAAGAGAUUAGAAAAGCGCAACUCCAACUGGAGGUUUUGCACAAGGAGAAAUCUAAGGAGAAGCUGAUCUGCAGAGAGGUGAUCCGGAUCGAGAAAGAUAAGGCUUUGGAGCAAGAACGAGCCCGAACUCGAGACUUGUACAACAAAGAGAAGAACGCCAGGCUGGAUUUGGAGGAGGAAAUAAGACGGAUUAGAGACCGGCAGGAGAAAUUGGAAGACUUGAUGGCAUCGCGGUCACGUGUGGAAUCUGAGCUGAAGCAGACCAGGGAGGCUGCACUCCGCGAGAGGGCCACCCUGGAGGAAAACCUGAAGAAUCUCGAGACAGACAGGCAGCAGAAGAUCCUGGUGCACGAUGAGGAAUUCAAACGCCUGAGCCAGUAUCAUGAGAAAACGAAGCAGAAGAAACAUGAGCUGGAUGCUAAGCUGAGCUGGAUCAAGAGAGAGAUCAUCAAGGAGAAGGACAAAAUCCAUGAGAAGGACUACACCAUCCGAGAUCUUGAGUCGCAGAUCAACAGGGAAGAGGCUCGUCACCAAGACUUGAAGAUGAGAGAAACCAACCUGUCGACAAAGAUAUCCAUUGUGGAUCCAGUUACUGGGGAGGAUUUGUCGCCCUAUGAAGCUUACAAACGGAAUAUAAUCGACAGGGCACAGUACAUCCACCUCCAGGAGUUGGAAUGCGACUGGGAAGAGGUUUCCACUCACGGACCAUCAAGUGAAACCAGUGUACUUCGAGACAAGAAGAGCGGCAAGAAAUAUUCCAUUGAGGCUGCCCUGAAGGACAGGAGGAUCACUAGAGAGGAGCUCCAACGUUACAGGGAGGGAAAGCUUCCGAUAUCAGAGUUUGCUUUGCUCGUGGCAGGUGAAGAGAAGCCAACUGCAUUGAAGAUAGGCUCACUGAAUUCGGCACUACCAAUCAGUCCUACGUAUCAAACAUCAAACUAUUCCAGCCCAGGUUACACCACUUACAGAACACAUACUGACAGGGAUCAGCUCCCCAUUGCUGGAAUCUAUGAUAACACCACUGGCUCACGGCUGUCCAUCACAAACGCCAUGAACAGGCAGCUACUGGAUCCUAUCACUGCUCAGAGGCUGCUGGAAGCACAGGCAGCUACAGGAGGGAUUAUCGAUGUGGGGACCAGGGAGAGGCACUCGGUCCACAAGGCCAUAGAGAGGAACCUUGUGAACAAAACCCAACAGAAACGGCUAGCAAAUGCGCAAAAGGCCUUCACUGGCUUCGAAGACCCUGUCACCAAAGAACGACUUUCUGUGGGGCUGGCUGUCCAGAAGGGUUGGAUACCCACAGACAGUGCCCAGCAGUAUCUGGAGGCCCAGUACCUCACCGGUGGCCUGGUGGACCCCAACCAUUCAGGCCGUGUGUCCCUCACAGAGGCUCUGAAGACCCAAAUGAUCGACAGUAACAUCGCCCGGAUACUGCAGGAUGAAUCCAACUAUCCCAAGAAUCUCACUGACCCGAUUACGAAGGAGCAAGUCCAUUACAAAGAGCUAAUGAGUCGCUGUCAGAGAGAUGAACUCUCUGGCCACCUGCUUCUCCCGGUCAACUCAGAGCCUGGUCAACAGUCCAACUAUCAAUCAAUAAGCCCCUUUGACAACAGAUCCCAUUAUUCAACAUAUUACAAUGCAUACUAAUCACUGCCUGUUGAUGCCACUGAGUGUUAUUCUUGUGUCUCCAAUAAUUUGUAGGCCUAACUUCCUGUUAGUUACUCAAUGUAUUGUAGUUCUAGAUCUCCUUGCAUACUUUCCCAUGGGAUUUAAGGCUAUCCUACUCAAAUCUUGUUUAUGUUUAUAUUUAACAUAAAUAUAGAUGUAGACUAUAGGGGGAAUGUUAAUGCUCUGUUAUUUUCUCUUUGCUGCAAUACAUUUCUUUAUUAAAUACACAGAGAUCUGUAAGGUGCCGGAUGUGAAUGAUUAUGUCCUAAGAUGUUCAUUUUAAUAUGACACAAUUGUUUUAAUAAACAAGCAUGUGAUUAAGAUA